UGUCGCCGGCGGCCGCGAGAGAGUGCGUGAGAGAGAGAAGAGACAGAGAGGGGCAAAGAAGAAGAGACAGGCGACCAAGCUCGAGACCGAGACCGAGACCGAGUUGUGGAGAGUAUGGGCCAGGAACAGAGCACUGUGCUCGACAGGGACGUGGAGCAGCUAACCCCUGAACUGCAGCGGAGGUUCAAGCAUGGUGUGCAGUACAACAUGAAGGUGUUGUUGCGGGGCGAUACUGGGACGGGCAAGACAACGCUGUGGCAUCGGCUUCAGGGACGGCCGUUUGCGGCGUCAACAACCACCACGCCAGAGAUCCAGGUGGCCAACAUCCACUGGAACUACAAGCUGACUGACGAAGUGGUCAAGGUCGAAGUGUGGGACGUGGUUGACCGGGCCUCGGGGCUCGGGCGUGAAGAGGGCCAGCCUGCGCUUGACGCCGAGACGGUCAACGUGUACCAGGGGGCACACGCGGUGGUCUUUCUGGUUGAUGUGUGCAAGCCGUGGACGCUGGACUAUGUGCGGCAGAAGGCCGGUGAGGUGCCGAACGGCAUCGAGAUUCUGGUCAUCGGCAACCGUGUCGACGCCGUUGAUGAGCGCAAGCUUGAUGCUGCCGUCCUGCGGGCUUGGGUCGCGCGCGCCUCGGCCGUCCGCCCUGUCCGCUACUUGGAGGCAUCGAUGCGAACCAACUUCGGCCUCCGCGGCAUCCACACCUUUUUCAACAUUCCGUUCCUCAAGCUGCAGCGCAAGUCGCUGGCCAAGCGGCUUGAGCUCAACGCGUCCGAGCUCCAGUUGGCCGAGCAGGAGAUGACCGCCAUUGCCACCGGCGAGGACUACGACGCGUUUGUCAAGCGCAAGGCCGAGGAAAUGCGGGCCAAGGAUCGCGCGGCUGCCGCUGCCGCCGCCACCGCGUCCCCUCCUCCGCGGACGCAGGCAACGUCACCGCCGCCCGUCGCGAGUGGCGUGAGCUCGGGCGCUGCCAGCGGGACCGGCGCCAUCACGCCGCCACGGCCAGCCAAGGCCAAGGCCCAGCCCAAGGCCAAGACGAAGAAGCGUGGCGGGUUCUUCUCGCGGAUGAAGUCCAAGCUCAUGGCCAAGGAGGCCGAGCCCGAGGCCGAGCCAGAGGUGGACCCCAACUCGUUCAUCAAGCCGCCACCGGAGCAGGACGUUACCAACGUGGACGAGUUUGUGGCCGGCGAGUUGGACGAUGGCUUUUUCUCGGACGACGACAGCGACGAUGGAGGUGCUGCAUAUAUGGCACCGCCGCCGACUCGCGUUGAGUCAUCGUCUGAUGGUGGCAAUCCGAUGCUAGAGCCCGAGGCCGAGCCUUCAUCUGACGACGACACGAAUCCGAUGCUUGCACACGCUGUGGGGCCUGGUGAGGAUUCGAGUGACGAUGAUGGCCCCAACCCGCUCCUUGCACACGCUGUGGGGCCUGGUGAGGAUUCGAGUGAUGACGACGGCCCCAACCCGCUCCUUGCUCCCGCUGUCUCGCCGGGCGAUGAAUCAAGCGACGACGACGGCCCCAACCCGCUCCUUGCUCCCGCUGUCUCGCCGGGCGAUGAAUCAAGCGACGACGACGGCCCCAACCCGCUCCUUGCUCCCGCUGUCUCGCCGGGCGAUGAAUCAAGCGACGACGACGGCCCCAACCCGCUCCUUGCUCCUGCUGUCUCGCCGGGCGAUGAAUCAAGCGACGACGACGGCCCCAACCCGCUCCUUGCUCCCGCUGUCUCGCCGAGCGAUGAAUCAAGCGACGACGACGGCCCCAACCCACUCCUCGCUCCUGCUGUCUCGCCGGGCGAUGAAUCAAGCGACGACGACGGCCCCAACCCGCUCCUCGCUCCCGCUGUCUCGCCGGGCGAUGAAUCAAGCGACGACGACGGCCCCAACCCGCUCCUCGCUCCCGCUGUCUCGCCGGGCGAUGAAUCAAGCGACGACGACGGCCCCAACCCGCUCCUUGCUCCCGCUGUCUCGCCGGGCGAUGAAUCAAGCGACGGCGACGGCCCCAACCCGCUCCUUGCUCCCGCUGUCUCGCCGGGCGAUGAAUCAAGCGACGACGACGGCCCCAACCCGCUCCUUGCCCCCGCCGUCUUGCCGGGUGAUGAAACAAGCGGCGACGACGGCCCCAAUCCGCUCCUUGCUCCCGCUGUCUCGCCGGGCGAUGAAUCAAGCGACGACGACGGCCCCAACCCGCUCCUUGCUCCCGCUGUCUCGCCGGGCGACAACUCGAACAGCGAUCCGGCCGUCGCGCCCGACGACCAUUCUGGUGACGACAACAGCAAUAGCGAAGUUCCUUCAGCUGAAGGCAACACCAACGCGCCGGGGCCCGAAGCCGACGCCGAUGAGCCUGCCGCAGCGCCAGAGCCUGCAGCACCUACCGAGGAUCCUGCGGAUGAUCCACUCUCCUCGAUGUUCUUCUCUGGCACGAUCUCGCCCGAAGUCAUGGCUGCCAUGGCCGAACAGGCUCAGCGCGCUCUGGUUCAGGCCCAGGCCCAAGCUCAGGCCCAAGCCCAGGCCCAAGCUCAGGCUCAGCCCCAACGUCGCCGUCGCCGUCGCCGCAACCAGCGCCCCGAUCAGGCACAGCAGGCGCAGUUCCAGCAGGUCCAGCUUCAGCAGGCCCAGCUCCAGCAGCAGCAACAACAGCAGCAGCAACGCCGUCGCCGCAAGAAACCGUCCGGCCUCCUCGGUGCCGGCGGCUACGCGCAGGUUAUCAAUCAGACGCCGGACGUGCCACCGCCAGCCGCCACGCAAGCACUCCCAACCAUGGCACCUGCAGCGCCCGCCCCUCGCGCGGCAGCCACUGUUGCUGCCCCCGGCCUCCCGCAGCCUGUGCCGGACAUCAUGUCCCUUGGCGACGCAGAGGCCAACGAGUACGAUCUCGACGCCUUCUAUGCAGACGUGUAA